UUUAGUUUUCCAUUCGAGUCACUUCGAUUUUGCAGAAAAUACAGGCAAAUUUAAAACAUUUCUUCCAGCUAAGAAGCAGGCCAAAAAAAAGGAAAAUGCCACACACAUUGGAGUUAACGACAAAUCCUUUCAAAAGGCCCAUGAAUGCCCUACAGAAGCAAUGGUAUCGCAUAUUGAUAGCACGUAAACUGGGUUACGGCUCACCACGUCAGCAGGCCGAAGUGACAGAGGAAAGCUACCAGACAAAAUGCCUAAAACGUUACCAACAAUCCUUCCAUCGUUACAAUCGGCAAUUCCGCGAGGAAAUCAAACAACUGGAGGCCAUGCAGCCAAGUGCCAUUGAUGCCAUGAGAUUGCAUAGGACCUUUGCCAUUACAACACUUUGGUUACCUUUGCAUUCGUUACGCGAGAUCAACUUGACACUGGAACAACUCGAAAAGGUUUUGAGUGUCAAAGAAAGGCGACGCCUACAGCACAUCCUGAAAUAUGGCAUUGGCAACCAUCGUUGACUCAUCGAGAGAGACUUCUUGGCAACAACACAAAAGUUGCCGAUGAGAAUGCCAACAACAAGGUUAUUGUUGUUGUUAGCUAGAUACACCACGGCUAAUGUAAUGUGAAUAUUGUA